AUACCACAUGUACCAGGUAGUCAGGUAGUUGGCAAGCAAACGUAGACAAGGUUUUGAGAUAAGAAGGCCACGUGACUCCUCACACACCCGCGCGUUAGACCGGCUAGGACCGGCUGUUUGCUUUUAUUUCACAACACAGGGGAGCCUCGGUACAGCCUGUCACGUCCGUACUCUCUGCGUUUAGUUGGAUAUUUCCUCUUGUUUAAACCAUGGAUGUCGAAGCCAAGGGUCGAACAUCGUCGGGGAACGAGUCCUACCCGGACAGCGACCCUCCCAGCUACCACUCGGCGGAAAGCACCGAGACCUUCGCCCGCAAGACGCUGAGGUUCCUCCGGCAGAAUGCCCUCCUCCUGCUGACGAUCGUCGCCGUGUGCCUGGGCGUGCUGCUCGGCUUCACCUGCGCUCCUCACGUCGGGGAAGGUGACGUCAAGUACAUCUCCUUCCCGGGUACCCUUCUGAUGAGGAUGCUGAAGAUGCUGAUUUUGCCGCUCAUCGUCUCGUCUCUGAUUUCUGGCGUCGCUUCGCUCGACUCCAAAACAAGCGGGAAGCUUGGUGGGAGGGCAGUGCUUUACUACAUGUGCACCACGCUGAUAGCCGUGAUCAUGGGGAUCGUGCUGGUGGUCAGCAUCCAGCCGGGGAAAGGCGCGGGGAAGGUGGACAGGACGGGGCAGGCACCCAGCGUCUCCACCGUGGACGCCUUCCUCGACAUUCUCAGGAAUAUUUUCCCUGACAAUCUUGCAGCAGCAACAUUCCAGCAGUUUCAAACAGUGCUGAAAGAGGUCAUACCGGAAGACGGCAAUGGCACGGCCGGAAACGACACCAUGUUCAACGACACCAUGUUGAACUUGACAGAACCCGCCAAGGUUUACGUUACCGAGGACGGCACCAAGGAAGGCAUGAACGUGCUCGGCCUGGUGGCCUACUCCAUCGCACUCGGGGUCAUCCUGAGCACCAUGGGCGAGGCCGGCCGACCUCUCAUCAACUUCUUCAACUCGCUCAACGACGCCACCAUGCGGCUGGUCUGGGUAGUGAUGUGGUACUCACCUAUCGGCAUCACGUUCUUGAUCGCUGGGAAGAUUAUUGAGAUGUAUGACGACCUGAGUGCCCUGGCUGGAGCACUGGGCCUGUACACUAUUACUGUGCUGGUGGGGCUUGCUAUACACGGUCUUAUCAUCUUACCGCUCCUGUAUUUCGUCUUUGUACGGAAGAAUCCGUUUGUCUUCAUCGCUGGUCUUGUGCAGGCCCUUCUCACCGCUGUAGGAACGUCUUCAAGCUCUGCCACACUGCCAGUGACAUUCAAGUGUCUGGAGGACAACAACGGCAUCGAUCCCAGAGUAACUCGCUUCGUUUUGCCGAUCGGGGCGACCAUCAACAUGGACGGAACAGCGCUGUACGAGGCCGUGGCUGUUAUCUUCAUUGCGCAGGUCAACGGCACCCCUCUGGACGUGGGUGGUAUCAUUGUUGUCAGCGUGACAGCUACCGUGGCUGCCAUUGGUGCAGCAGCCGUCCCCCAGGCGGGGCUCAUCACCAUGGUGAUCGUACUCUCGGCAGUCGGGCUGCCUGCAGAUGAUGUCACUCUCAUCAUCGCCGUUGAUUGGUUCCUGGACCGGUUCAGAACCAUGAUCAACGUUCUGGGCGACUCCAUAGGGGCGGGGAUCGUGGCCCACUCGGUCCGGAACGAGCUCCCGGAUGAGGUGGAUGACGUGGAGAUGGGGACAGUCACCCAGCCGGCCGACAGGAAGAACAGACGGUCCACCGCCUCGGACGGACACGAGAACCGCGCUCUGGAGGACGAGAGAUCAUUUGAAACUGCCAUGUAGACAGCCAACACUAGCCUGAGUGUCAGCCUUGUUAGCUUUCGUCCGCUACCCAAGAUCCGCUCCUGGCCAACUUGUUGGCGGGGAGCGGAUCUUGGGUAGCGAGACGAAAGCUAACAAGGCUGACACUCAGGCUAAGCCAACACGGGAUGACCGUUAGCCUCUGUAUCAGGCGUCUUGGCAGGGCUUUCAUGGGGCUUAUUAUGUGCUAUUUACCUGAUUGUAUGUCAGUUCUGAUUCUACCCGGUUUUGGGCAUAUAUCUGUCAGUCUUUGUGAACGUAGGUUACAACCAGAACUGGCAUACAAUAUGUGAACAGAAAAAAAUAAGUCAGAACAGAAAAAAAACAGAAAAGGAAAGGUUCUCAACAAAAGCCUGCUAUGGAGGCUAAUGAGUGGGGUCAGGGGUCAUCUCCAAGUAGAUGUUUGACGGGAAAGCCGUCAGGUCUUCCUUCAUUUCUUUCCUGAAAAUCUGUCGGGGUGGGAGGGGGGCUGUUGGAAAGCGGCAUUUUCUCACCUUACAUCUGUUUCUGGAUUACGAUAUUGUACGAGCCAUAUUAGAGAUGAAGAAUUGUAGUGCCCUUGACUCUUCUUGUGACUGCGUACAAGAAAAGUAGCUGUCUGUUUUACCUUACGUUUUGGGGGAGGCAAGCUGUUUAGGUUCCCUAAGGGUGUGUAUGAUGAAGUCCAAUGUAACAUAUAUAGAGUGACUUGUACAGUUGUGCCAUGGGGGUCGUUGUACAGUUGAUGAGUGAGCUGCAUGUAAGGAAUAUGAGAUAUUCUAACUAGAGAAUUAACAUUUGCAAAGCAAAUGCAUAAUGUUUUCCUUCGGACAUUGUCUGCUCUGUUAAUUCCUACUCAUUCACAUACAUGUACUACUAAUAUGGUGACAGGAGCAGAGCAGACCAUGAAAUUGCAACAUGAUGUAACCCAACACCAGUCACCAUGGUGACAGAUGUCAACAAAUCAUGUGAUUGGUCAGGUAAUAGGUCACUGUUUGGAGAAGAAGAAGAAACUGAGCAAAAACAAUAUGUUUUCCUUCGGUAAACAUAAUGAAGGAAAGGAGCUGAAGAAAUGUGUUGCCGUGUACACCCCUGUUUCAAUGGAAUAGUUCUAGUAAAACCCCCUCCGCAACUACCAUUUUGAGUUAUCUAAAUGACUUCUGAAGUCUUCCAUUGUUUUUCUGUGUAUCGAUAUGCAUCUGAAAAUAUAAAUCAAGCGAUAGUGGCUAUACAAUGAAAACCGUUUGGGAUAGCCAAGAAGCUUAAACAGUUUAAAAUCUCCCUUGAAUGGCAUCGGUCAUUGCAGAAAGUGCACAACGUAAUGAAGCUUGCACACACGUACAGUAAAAGGAAAUUUUCUGUUUAGUUUUUCCCCGGAAAGCUACCCAAACUUAGAGCCCGGGGCUCUUUCGCACCGCCGUCCAACGAACAAAAUGUAAGAAGAACAGUAAAGGAUGUAAAUAUGUGUAGAUAUUUGAAAAAUAGGCAGUAAGAUCAUGUUGAGUUCGCCAUAUUAGGCAUGUGACAGCUGUAUUUUAAAGCCAUGUUAUUACUAUGAAAUCAUUAGAAUGGUGAUGUAACACUAGACGCAUAUGUAUCAAACUAAUUUGAAUGCGAUGAUUAAUAAGUCAGUAUGAUUUUGCAUAUCUACUGUAAAUGUCAUUUUACUCAUAAUAAACUAUUGAUAACCUCUCA